CUCCAUUUUCUAGCUAUUUCACUUCUGCCAAUUUAGGGUUACACAAAAAAAAUGGCUUCUUUUAGGUCAUUAAAAACUACAAUCUACGACAAAGAAGAGCGAAAACAGCAAUACCAGUCUUACAUUCGAGGCCUUAACGCUUAUGAUCGCCACAAGAAAUUCUUGAAUGAUUACGUUAGUAUCUAUGGGAAAGAAAAAUCUACUACGAAUUUGAAGUUGCCAAUUAAGACAGAUAAAGAUACUCUAAGAGAGGGAUACAGGUUUGUACGUACUGAGGAAGAUGACAUGGAUACAUCGUGGGAGCAAAGGCUAGUGAAGCGAUACUAUGAUAAGCUUUUUAAAGAAUAUUGUAUAGCUGACAUGUCAAAGUACAAGACUGGCAAAAUUGGUCUGAGAUGGAGGACAGAGAAGGAAGUCAUAUCUGGGAAGGGGCAGUUCAUAUGUGGUAACAAACAUUGUGAUGACAAAGAUGGCUUGGCAAGCUAUGAGGUGAACUUUUCUUAUAUUGAAGCUGGUGAAAGCAAGCAAGCCCUUGUGAAGUUAGUAACUUGUGAAAGAUGUACUGAAAAGCUGAACUACAGAAACAGGAAAGAAAAGCAAGAAUUAGAGAAAAGGGAAAAGGAAGAGUCUAAAAGAAAGAGGGAACCAUCGAGCACGGAUGAUGAUGAUUCAGAUGAUGAACGGAGCAAAGCAAAGAGGAAAAAAGGUAAAAAGGUUUCAAUAUCAGGAGACAAUCCUAAAACGGACGAUGACGACGAUGAUGAUAACUUUGAUGAAUAUCUGGAGGGAAUGUUUCCAUAACGGAGUGACUGCUUCCUUGCUGUUAGAUUAAUUUAGCAUUCUUAUUUUCGACUACGUAUGUAACCAAGGAGCAAUGUUGGCAAGCAAUGUUGGCAACAUGUUUGGUGGAUUGCCAAUAGAACGUAAAUGAGCCGAAACUUGGAAUAGAUUUUGUGGAAUGGCUUACUCAUGCUUUUGUAUAUUCAGGACGCUAAGAGGAAGUAUGAGACUUCAAAUGUUUGACUCACUUGUUGAACUAAUUAUCACUACAAAAAGUAAAUACACCACUUGUACUCUAACUGGGUUAUAUCUAUAUAACGGAUAGAGAACGAAGCUUGUAUCAAAGGUCUAUAAUUUGACUGUAUUUUCUGUUACAAUGUGUUUAAAAUCCCUGGCCACAGUUAGGAAUUGAACUUGAGCUUGAAUGAAAUGUCCAGUUUUGGAUUUCAUAAAAUGAGGUGUUAUAACAGAAUAUUGUAGUUAGUUUGGUUUUGGUUGAGGAUUGA